GCUCGGCACAGCGCAUCUUGAUUCUCAACCUAUUCUCUGUCUCUGCAAUCAAGAAUCAAGCAGAAAGAAGAAAGGUAAAGAUGGCAACACUAGCUCGUAUAGGCAGAAGAUUGCCCCGAGCCCUCUCAAUCACUCUCCCGGGUCGGGCUUUCUCUGCACAGGCAGCCCAAUCGGCAGAAAACCCGACCCCUCCAGCGCCAGUCAUAAGGGAGUCGCCGGAUCGAGUGAAAUGGGACUAUAGGGGCCAGAGAAAGAUCAUACCUUUGGGCCAGUGGGCUCCCAAGAUCGCCGUCGAUGCUUAUGUGGCGCCUAAUGUCGUUUUGGCCGGCCAGGUGGUGGUAUAUGACGGCGCUUCCGUGUGGAAUGGCGCCGUUCUGCGUGGUGACCUUAACAAGAUUACAGUUGGGUUUUGUUCGAAUGUACAGGAACGGUGUGUUAUCCACGCCGCUUGGUCUUCUCCUACAGGGCUGCCAGCAGAAACAUCAAUCGAAAGGUUUGUCACUGUUGGUGCAUACAGUCUCUUAAGAUCCUGCACAAUUGAGCCCGAAUGUAUCAUUGGGCAGCACUCUAUCCUUAUGGAGGGUUCUUUGGUCGAGACACAUUCUAUCCUUGAAGCUGGCUCUGUGGUUCCUCCAGGAAGGAGAAUACCAAGCGGUGAGCUUUGGGCCGGAAAUCCAGCAAAGUUUGUGAGGAAACUGACUCAUGAGGAGACACUUGAGAUCCCUAAACUUGCAGUUGCAAUAAAUGAUCUGAGCAAAAACUACUUCUCAGAGUUUUUACCUUAUUCGACUGUGUAUUUGGAAGUAGAGAAGAUGAAAUCGUCCCUUGGGAUUUCCAUCUGAAGCUUUUGUAAUGUUAAUUUUUUCCAUGUACUGCUGUUUCGUUUCGUGAAACAAAAUAAGCAACGUUAGGACUGAUGCAAGCCCUUCGACUCCCUGUUUUGGUUAUAAUCUGAUUGUGACGAAGCUAAAUCAGACAUGAAUUUGCCGUGUGAGUUCUUUAUCCUUUCA